CAGAGCGGUUGCAUGAAGCUGAAAGGCAGUCGGGAGGGAGAGAGGGGUGGAAAAUGCACCAGAUUUACAGCUGCAGCGACGAGAAUCUGGAAGUUUUCACCACCGUGAUUUCGGCCAAAUCAUGUAGUCCUGCCCGACGACGAGCCAAAAGUACACAGCACAUCCUAGCAAAGAGUGUGAUAGCCAUAUCUGAUCAUCGGCCCCACAGGCCCGAGAAGCUGCAGCCCCACCAGGGUGACCUCCUCCAUGUGCUGUAUGGUGAGGAGGAGGAGCGGGGCUUGGGCCAUCUCCAGAGUGGGCAGCGGGGACCUUGCCCCACCAAGGGCACUGCCCAGCACGUGGGAAUUACUGGGAGAGAGUCACCCAGAUCCUGUAAUCACCUGCUGGAUGGAAAAUCGCUGUUCCCAUCAUCACCAGUUGCCCAUAUCACAGCGAGAGGGGUGGCUGUCACAGACUCACCCGCUGGCGACAGCUCUUCGAUGGAAGACCACAGGCAUCGCUGGAGGAAGACGGCAGAGUACGACCUGACCCUGCCACCAGGAGCAGAAGCUUCCCUACCGCUGACGGGAGGCAGCCUGUGCGGGACGCCCAGCCUCCUGAGGAAGAUGUGGAUGAAGCACAAGAAGAAGUCAGAGUACCUGGGGGCAACCAACAGUGCCUUUGAGGCGGACUGAUAAGGCUCAGCAUCACUUGGAAAGACAGGCGGGUCCUUUCCCCAGGACAAGGUGCUCUAGGAUGGAUGAGGGAACAGACACAGCACAGCUCACCCAGGAAAACGAUGUCCUUUUGAUUACUUGAUGCCAUUGCCUCAGAACGGUGGGAGAAAGGCCAGCUAAGGUAAAAAUGGUGGACGUGACACAACUCCCUGGCCUUUCUUUGCUGCGAUAGACUGAAAUCCCAUGUACCCACACUAGAUGUACGUCUUGACUCAAUGACGCUGAAACUCCUGCUGGCCCAGUCAACGUUUUACUCAUCCUGUCUGACUCAGGGCGGGCUCACGACAAGAAGAACCUGCCACCAGGUUUGUGUCUUGCUGCACAGCAACAGGUCCAUCGCAGAGUGCCACUAAGUCCCAGGGGUCUGCUCGUCGUGCACCGCUGCUCGUCCUCUUCCCCCUCCCAUAUCAUGAGAUAAAAACCACAUCUUACGAUAUGCUUGGUUGAAUGACACACACUAAACAUCUUUUUUUUUUUUUUCUUCUUCCGUUUUGAUAUUUCAAGACAGGAGUAAAAGGUGCAAACAUUGUCAAAGAAGGGGUGAGUCAGAACUGAGAAAAUUUGCAAACACACAUUUACCAAACUGUGCUGUGUGACAAGCGAUUGGUGAUUCAAAGGCUCCUGCCAGAUCAAACCAUGAGCAACUGGAUAACCUCAGGAGGAACUUUCUUCCAUAGAACCUGCUUGUGUGUCUACUGCUAGUAGACUUACUCCACAACUUACUCUCUACCUUAGUGGUACAGGAGAGCUCACCAACUGCACAAAAUACCAGGAGGAAGGAAAAUAUGUCAGUGGUGCAAGUAGGUGACUAAACACAAGGUAUUUGCAUUUAGGAGACCUGUGCUUAAGAACAGAUGGAUUUAAUGGAAUUUGCUCCAAAAUUUUUCCCCAAAUUCUUUUCAAAUUUAGAAAUUGCUGGUCGUGGCCCCUUGGAUUUUCCUCUCAGAAAAAAAAAAAUCACAAAAAUUGUUUCACCAGUGUUACAGAUGAGAUUAUAUUAGUCAUGAAUGGUACUUGCCUCCUAUGAGUGCUCCCCUGGUUAUUACAAAAGACUUUGGUUUGCCUAAGUACAGAACUUUAAAUAUAAAAUUGGAGGAAGUAUAUCUCCUGUUGCUUGUGGUAAUGAUGAUCUUCUCAAAUUUAACUGCCAGUGCAGAAAAAUAAAGGUCUUACUCUGGGACAGAAGCAGAGGAAAGAAGCUCCCACCUGACACUUGCUUGUCUGCAGGCAGGGUAGUAAAGCAUAGCGAGAUGCCCUCAGACACAGUGCCACAGAACUGAGGUGAGGAGGCUCCAGAGCCGUGAAGCCACCAAAGGUCUCAACCUUAUGUCAGCAGCAUUAACGGCGGUUACAGCUCCUUCUCCUCCUACCACAACCAUCUGGGCAACUUCUGCAUUUGGGGUACCUGCUGACUUCAUCCACCGCUUCCAUCUUCAACCUGGACUUAAGAAAAAGCAUGUUCUGAAUUUCUCUUACAGCAGAGGACUGAGGGAGCCUUGAAUUACAACCUGGAGAGCUGCAGGCUUGAGCAGUUAUCCUUGGUCAGGGUUCACCAGCUCAGAGGUACCAGGGGACCUUCUGGAUAGGAGGGAAAGGCUGCUAAAGCAGCCAGGUCCUCUGGUCUUGGGGUGAGCAGGGUGGAGAGCACACAGGAAAGGUUCACAGCUUGACAGCCUGAGCAACCAACGUGGAUGGAAAAAGCAACUGGAGCAACUGGAACUUUCCAUGGGAUGGGAAAGCAACUGGAGCAGCCCGGUAACAUUACAGAGCAAGUGUCCCUGGUGGCUCUGAGGAGGGCAGCCGGGGACACCUCUGCGGGGCUUGACAUGCUGGAGAAGGCAGUAGAAUGAGGAAGGAAGUUCUCAUUUAAAAAUGAGAUAUGGCUUUUCACAGAACUAGAGCCAAUUUAAUCCAGAGUCUGCCAAGGAGGGGAGAGGCUCUAGCCCUUCAUAAAAUACCUCUGUCAGCCCUCGUGUCUAGCUGUCACGUCCAUCACUGCUUCAGUCACAGGCUUCUCCUUAAGAGGUGCUCAACACCUCACAGAGGACAGCCUUGCAGCUAGAAAUGACGCAGCCCUUUCCUUUAUUCCUCACCAAGGGCAAAAAUUCUUCUGUGGCCCAGCAGCCUGCCAGAGGGAUAAUUUCCACUCCUGCUUUUCUCUCCUUCUCCUGGGAAAGAAGAACACAGCUCCUUGUGUACCACACGCUGAGAAGCCCCAGCUGUUGGCAAAGCAAAGAGAAGAGGUGCUGGUGGCCCAGUAGUGACCAUGUCUCACCAGUCACAGCAGAGCAACGCCAAUGCCUGCUGAGGGCUACCCCCCUGAGCAGCACCAGAGAAGUUUUCUCACAGGGGCCCACCCCACCUUUAAAUUGGACCCUGACACGUUGCGCCCGUGUAAUAGCCUGACCCUGCCAACAUCAGGUCCUCCAGGACUGAACCAAGCUGGAGCCACGGCCAGGAUUUUUCCUGAAACUUUGUCUUUUACAAAUAAUUUUUUGUAUAUUCUUCACAACCAACUCUAGAUCCCUUUCUGGUAGAAAUCCCAGCAGAAGAUAGACCUGGUAAAUUCAGGGGGACUACCUUCCCACAGUCACUCAAGGAAUAGGGACAAUAGUGAUCACCAGUUCCCUUUUUUGGCCGCGUUCCCUAAGCAAAGCAAAAAAUAAAGAAGAUGGACAGACACUGGGAAAAGCCCGUUUGCUGCAAUUUGGGGUAAUUAAGGCAGUGAGCACUUGUGGCACCUGACCUUGUAGCUAACGUGACCCGUAGAGCAGCCCACACACACUCCAGGGCGGCAAGAGUUUCGUCUGUUGAGAAAGCUGUAUCGUAGUAUUUCAUGUGUUAAUUAAUAGCUUUAAGCAGUUUACGGAUGGAGGUGAAGAGGAGAUGAUUCCUAUUUCUAACUAAUAAUUGCCGUGUCUUGAAAUGUGUAUUUAUGGUUUUCUUAUUUAUUUAAUUUAUAAUUUGGUUCUACAAGAAAAGGAAAGAUUUACAAGAAGUGUAUUUAAUUUCUCAGUAUUUCAGCAACCACCGUGGAGAUUUCUUGUAUUGUAGUAGAUAGCUAUUUUACUGAUUCAAAUAAAA